UUCUGGUCUGUAGGUUUAUGGUCCUGUUUGCUGCUGCUGAUCGUAAACACCUUCCGUUACGCCUUGACAUGGCGAAACGGUGGGUGUGUCCGGGCGUGUUUGGGGUUUCAUUUCUGGGAACGAGUUAAUCAGUUAUCCUUCGCUCCCUUUGGCUCUUCGGCUAUAAAAGAGGAACCGGGCUCGGACCGUUCACUCCUUUAUCCUCAAACAUCCGUCCAUCUUCAUCUGACUCUUUGACUCAUGGCGGUGACCAACCAGCCGGCUCGAUUCCUGCCGUCUGAGUUCCAGACCGGCGUGUGCGACUGCUGUGAAGACCUCAGCGUCUGCUGCCUCGGCUGCUUCUGCUACAUGUGUCUGGGCUGCACCAUCGCCAGCGACAUGGGCGAGUGCUGCAUGUUUGGUACCGGCUAUCCCAUCCGCAGCGUCUACCGCACCAGAUACAACAUCCAGGGCUCCAUGUUAAAUGACUGCAUGAUGUCGCUGUUCUGCCCCGUCUGCUCCACCUGUCAGCUGAAGAGAGACAUCAACCGCCGGAAGGAGCAGGGCAUCUUUUAGAGAACGAGGGCCGUCCGUCCGUCCAGGCGGCGUUUGGUCUCAAUCAACAUUUACUGCUAAGCCUGAAAUAAUUACAGUGCUUGAAACACCACUGACUGUAUAUGACAACUGGACUGAGUGACUCCACCCCCCUGGUGUUCCAAACAAGAAGUGGCUCCAAGAAACCAAAAUUCCAUAGAUUUCCUCAACUUCCUGUUAUUGCCUCAGUAAAAGUGGGCGGAGCCUGCUGACUGCCACGUCUAAACGUUUGACAGGUUUCAGAUGAUAGGGGUGUGGCCUUCCAACAAGCUCACUCCUGAUUGGUGAGCUUGGUUACCAUGGAAACUCAGACCAAUCACAGCGGUGUCUGUAUUGUGAAAAAAAUUGACUUUUGGUUGGAGCCGAAAGUUAAUGACAUCACACUUGGUCAGUCCAGUUCUCAUUUACUGUCAAUAAUUCUGCACAGAAAGUUUCAUUUCAUUCUAAAAAAAUGACUUGAGAACUGAUUCUAAUGUGACACGACUUCAUGUUCUUUGAGUUUAAAAGUAAAAAUUACUUUUAUUACUUCAGAAUAGUUACUAAACACUUGCACUUGUGAAUAUUGUUUUUUUUGUGUGUUUGAAAUUUAACUGAGUAAAAUCACUUUGAAUGAGAAGCUGAAA